UGGCUCACUGAGAUCGUUGGUUUCGCGCGUGUCUCGUUGUUUUAAGUUCGGUGUUUUGUUGUUUUAUGUUUUUAAGAAGUGUGUUUUUUUUCGGUGAGUUCUUAUUCUUUGAAGAUCCUUUUCGUUUAGUUUGUUCAACAUUCGGCGGUCAUUACUGGAAUGGUUAUUCUGGCCAAGCCGGUUGUUGCACAAUACUUGAGGACCACGAAUUCUGUGCUGGAGCGGGGAAUUUCUUUUCAACGGGACAGAAGGGCCAACUAAUUAGUCGUCUUUUUUGUGCAUCGAAGUGGUCCCCGAAUGCUUAUCGGCGUUGAUAACAAAGAGAGAAAUCGAAGUGUCAAAUUAUACCGAUCGAGCACGAUAACGAUCGUUGGUUUUGUUUACAAAGUUUAAUUUGGUCAUUUCCGAUUAAACGUUUGUUUUGGAGCUCAGUGUUGAUCGACUAAAUUUCUUUUCGGAGGUGCCUACUUCGAUCGCAGGUGCUGUAGUCAGUCAAGUAGAAAUCACCGAAAGCUCAUAUGCUUUUCGAUGCUUUUAAUGUGAAGUGAUUUAAUUUUGUUUUCUUCGGCUUAACGACGAAAAAUCAAUGGACUACCGAAAGCUAGUGGAAGUCGGAAGCAAAAGAGAGUUUAAAUGAAGGAUCGCGCGAAUUCGAAUGCGACAUGAUCGCCAAUGUUGUUGCAGCAGCUAAUCAAUGCUCGCGAAAAAGUGAAACUCCUUCGGCAAUCUCGGGGAUGAUCUCGGAGCCGGUCGAAUUUUAAUCCGAACCAAUUUCGUCGGUGCUCAGUGACUGAAGAAGAUACUGCGGAAAGCCAGCCAACAAACAGCCACACACACGCCAUCGAACAGAAACACCUGAUUGAAAACAUCAACAAUAACAACAAGAGCAAAAACAAAGCCUGAUCGCCGAAGAAAUUACCACCGAUAAUGAUCUGUCAAACUGCUGGUGCUGGACUCUUCGAGUCUGAGGCCGGGUUUGGGGCCAUGUUAACCUAGUAAAAGAGAUCAACGCCGGGUGCGUGAUGCCGCGAUCGCGAAAAGUAAUUAAUCAGCAAUUAUUGGUUGAAUGGCUGACUGUGAAUCGCGAUCGCGAAAUUAUUGUGUGUUUGUGGUCCAAUCAUCAUCAUCAUAUUCCACAUACACCACUCAUGGGUCAGUGACUCGAUGCCGGCUAAUUUGCUAAAGAAAUUAAUCGGAAAAAAUCCGCGCGAUCAAUUUCACAAAGCUGUUGCAGAUAUGGUUUUCAUCUGAAAGUGUUGCGCAACUUGUAGAUCUGGAGAAGAAAAACCCCUUUGGAUGCAUCACUUUCCAAUCAUCGGGCCUUAAAAUGUUAUCUAAUUGAUAAAAUCAACCCUACUCCAAGUGCUUUUGUUUACAGUUUUUAUUUAGAGUGUGUAACGCAUGCCUACUGAGAGACCUUAUGAAUGGUUAUUUUCCCUUCGCAAAAUUUACAUACAUGUGUAUGCUUUAUCAAUUUUGACGUGGGAGUGUUGAGGUUUGUGUAAAUUAGUUUCGAAGAAGAUUGUGCGUGUGUCUAGAAAUUUGUUGAAGAGGUGGAGUUCCGGAAAGGGGCAAGAAGCCCUCUGACGGAGGCAGCCAACAACCAGCAGCCAUGGCCUCGUACAACGAGCUCAACUUUGAGUGGUCCAUGCUCAGCGGGAAGGACUGCCGGGAUUGGAAUAGUUCAGAUCUGCAACUGGCAGCGGAACUCGGCAAGACCUUGCUAGAACGGAACAAGGAGCUGGAAACUUCGCUCAAACACCACCAGAACAUCAUCGAGGAUCAGGCACAGGAAAUCGAGUACCUAACGAAGCAGAAUGGCGCCCUGCGGGAGGUCAACGAUUCGCGCAUGAAGAUCUACGAACAGCUCGAGGUCAGCAUACAGGACCUGGAACGGGACAAGUACAAGCUAGCACUAGAAAACCAGUCGGAGAAGAAGCAUGCCAAAACCCUCUGUCGAAACAUCGAAACGUUGGAAGCGAAAGUUGACGAGCUGACCAAAACGCUGGACGAAGUUCGACGGUUACUGGACGCGGAACAGAAGAAAAACGAACGGUUACAGAGCAACUGUGGCGGUGCCAACGGGAAAGCUGGCCGGGGCCUAGAUGGGGUCCUUCUGCGACAGGUCAACUCCGACGGUGACGAUGGAAACCUCAGCGGACCGGAUGAGGACGAGAUUACCGAAAUCGACACGAGCAAAUCGGAAAAUUUCUCCUUCGCCUUCCGGGAUCAGUCACAUUCGACGGAUGUCACCGAUGGAAGUCAUCUGGGACAUCAGAGUAGUUUCACAACGGCCAGCAGCCAACCGCCAACCGACUUGAACCUCGCCGAGGAGAACGAAGAACUGAUCCGGAUAAUGCAGGAACUGGACAAAACACGGAAAUGUUUCAUUGCGGAACAGAACCGAGUGACGGAACUGGAAGAACAACUGGCCGCCAUCGCCCAGGAAAACCAGAUGCUCCAGAGCAAGAUAGUGCAAAUCAACACCACCGAGGAGAUGAAAUCGGUGCACGAGGAACUGUCCAUCCUGGAUGAAGUCAGACAAGAGCGCAUGUGUACCCGGUGCAUGGUGCGCGGUUUCGAGGAUCGCCACGACGACGAAUCGAUCAUCACCGGCACCGAGGACGACGACCGGAGUCUGAUCGAUCUGAUCCAGAACACGGACGGCCAUCAUCAUCCGCAGCUGUACCAAUCGACGGUGACCCUCAAGAUUAAUUCUCCUAAGCCAGAUACCUUGGAUCUAUCGGGUACUAGUUCAAACAAUCCGUACCGGGAGCUGGUGGAAAAAUAUGAAGCGCUGCUGGAGGUCCAGAGGAGUUCGGUGAUGAUGCGCAACAAGGCUAGUGGCGGCAACGGUGGAACCUCUCCACCUCCUCCAGCUAAUGCGCCUAAUGCGUCUUCAAAUGCUGCCGGUGGAGCCACUUCCGGUCACGGUCACCAUCAGCCAUCGCUGCACGAGGAACUGGGAUCCGGCGAUUUCAGUUCGCUGAACACCAAGUUCACCGAUGAGGAUGGUGCCAGCAGCAAAAAGGACGACCAGAGUAGCAAUGGAACCAGGCGCAAGAUUGGACUGCGUACUCCGACGGACUUUUCGGAGACGGAAACGACCAGUUCCGGGUUCUCGGAUGAGAUCAGCAACAAGGCUACGCAGACGGACGAGCGCCCGAGGAACUUUUUGUGCACGAUCGCCGACGGCGAGGACUGCAAGUUUAGCAUUUACGAGGAUCAGACAGCUAUUGAUUCAAGGUUCCGAUUUAGUCCCUCUCAUCGGGAACUGUUCCGGGAGAUUUUUACCAUUCUGAAGAAAGCGGCCGACAAUCGGGACGAAGGUGAUCAGUUGCCGCUGUUGGACGAUCAACAACCUGCUGGAGGGAAGACGAAUGCUCCUAAAGUACCUCCGGUGACUCCGGCCAAUGAGGAACCGCCGAGUGAGUUUGGAGACGACACUCAGAGCGUGAUUUCGUCUGCGGUUUCAGAGCAAUCGUUUGCCAUGUCCGAGUGUAUAACAAAGUCUGAACGGAAGAAGAUCGAAAAACAGGCAAAAUAUGCGGAGAAGCACGGUGAACAGGAAAAUAAGCCACCGGUUGGCGUGGCCGCUCUGCCAGAUGGACGCAUACUUACCCCUUAUAAGAGGCAACCUUUGGACUAUUUGACGGUUUCGGUUGGAGUCAACAAGAAGAAGUCCCGGCGUCGCCGUAAUCGUGGUUCCGAUGCCGACAGUUUGAAUCGGUCGGAUUCCCCUAUCGCACUUCCGACACCUCCAAGAGUCUACGCAACCAGCGGCCACAAGAAGGGCCGAGCCAAUUAUCGCCCGUGGAACCCGAACGCAUCCCCGAGUGGCACCAGCAGUCCGGUUCAGGUCCACACGACCCCGUCCGGUACGGCCGAAUGGAACGGCAACUCCAUGACCAUCUACAAUCGCAGCAUCAACUCGCCAACGCCAUCACCCUCGGCCAAUCAGUUCACUCCGCCGAUCAAUCGCGGCGAAUCUACGAACACCAGCGCUGCAACUUCCGCCGGAAGUGCCAAUCGGAGCAGCAAUCGUUUCGCCGAACUGACCGACGAGAGCGGCGAAAUUGUCCAGUUCAAACCUUCCUCCGCCAGCCAGGAUCUGCACAAACUCAAAAAGCUGGACCUGUCCUAUGCGGAAGUCCUGCGCCGGGCCGAUCAAUGCAAGCACCACAAUCAACGACGUCACCGUAAUAAGUAAACGAAUGAGCCGACGACAGGCUCCUUUGAUAGAAGCAAGAAAAAAAACAAAGGAAAAAAGUUUUUAAACACGUGACGCCAAAUCGUUCAGCCUACUACUUGUAUGUAAAUUGUGAAAUGGUCACAUACAGUUUUUCCCUUAAUUUUGAGAACGAAAAACAAACCUAAUGCAAAUACCCAAAAACAAAUUGAUAUUUAUAUUAUCUGAAAACUGAAACAAAUACUCAAAAGAAGCGAGCAACAAAAACAAGAGUUCAUCGGAGAAAAAUGAGAAUAUUUUUUUUUUUAAACUACAAAAAUCAGUAUUAGAAAUUGGGCAAGCAAAAUAAUGUUUCGAUUCUUUAAAAAAAAUGUUUUCCUUAAAAAAAACAAGUUGAAACUCAAAAAAACGUUCUCAAAAUAUAAAAAAAAACAGUUUUCUCGUGUAUAAUAAAGUGAAAAACAAACUUGAGCCAACUCCCUUUUUAUCCUAAUCAGAAAAAAAGGGACCAAGUGUUCAAAAUUGAAAGGAAAAAUACAAGAAAGAGAGAGAGUAAGAACUUUUGAGCAACUCGUUCAGCCAUAUUGAUUAAAGCAACUAACUAACUUUACACGUUCGUUCCCCUGAUGGCGGGUCCCACGUCGGGCGCCAAAUGCAAGACAGAUUGUUUUAAACUUAAAAAAGAUCAGAAGACCUUUCUUUAUGUCUUGCGUUAGUAGAAAACAAAAAAAAACAUAAGCGAUAUGUUAGCCACAGCAAACCAUUAUUAGGAACCUAUUUGUUAAUCUGUUUAGCUUUAGUCGGGAAAAUUAUCAUGUUUCCCUCAGUUAUGAGCGUUUUAUUUAGCAAAAAAAAAUCUAUCUUAUUUAAAUUCUACCUUUCGCUGUUACCCUUUCUGUUGUCGAUAGCUUUUCCUGCAAAUUUUCUUUUUCUGAACCGGUAUCUAGUUUUAAGAAAAAAAAAGCAAAAGUGAAUAAUUUGUUUGUUACAAUCUUCUGAACGGAACAAUCGAAGAGUAGUGAAGAUUCUUUUUAGAGUUUAUAUGAAAUUUCCGAAACCGAAAACCACUUUUAAAAGGAUGAUAAAAAGUUUUCCAUUAGUUAGGUGUUUAGCGAAUGGAUUCGAACGAAAGCAAGCUAAACAUUUAAGAUUGGAUUCAACAAACUGGUCUAAAAAAUCUUUCUUUGGAAGUCUUCAACAUUUCACAUGGAAACAGUACCAUCAAACUGGUUAUGAUCACGAGUAAUAUCAACCAGUAACUUUGUUAUUGAUUUGCGUUACUCAGAGAUAUGGGAUGAGUUCCUAAUUUAAUUUGCCAAUUCUUUCAACCUUCAAAGGGCAGCAUAAACUCUCGAACCGGUAUCUGUUUGACGUCCUUCUUGAGUUCGAGAUAAGAAUUUUGCUCCCUCAAGAAAAUUAUCAGACUUAAUAAUGUUACAUUUAGUACAUUUCUUGCUUUACAUGAUCGACAAAGAUGUAGUUUCCGAAGUGUUUUCUGACUUAUUUGAGGAAGGCAGUCGCAAUUUCAGUGUUGCCGAUAAAUUAAGUACUUAAUAAAAAAAGAACAACAUCAAAGUUUCACAUCUCAAAGGAAGUCCCUUUUUCGAAUAGGGAAAGCUUCCGUCUAGAAGUGCCGGGAAAAGAGUAAAAUCGAUGCAGAAUGACCUGAAUUGCCUCUAGUUUAAUUCUGGCCAGGCAUUUGCAGCCGACUCAAGAAACCUCCUCUCUGAGAUUGGUUAACUUCUUACUCUUCCCGAAGCUCUAGAUGAGAUUUUUUUCUGAAGAUGUCCUCAGGCAGGCAUCAAAAUCUGAAAAGUCACUUGUUUGAUUUUGGCCAGGCAUUUGUUGUCAGUCUUUACUAAAAGCGAAAAUACUUCUCUUAGUUCCUAGAGUUCCGAAUUGAAUAACGUUUCGUUAUAAAAAAAAACUGGUUACAAUUGAACAUAAGCCAAAAAUUUGUAGAUUUCGAAAAAAGAGUUUUGAUCGAAAAUGAAGAUUAAACUUGCCUCAAUAAAAGAGUUGAAAGAGUUCGUGUUAAGCUUAACAGUCCCAAACUAUGUACUUCAGUCAACUUAAAACUUAAGUUUUCUGUACAGGUUUUAAGUAUAAGCAAGAAACCGAAGAAAAGCUUUCAUGAUGAGAGAUAAAAUCGAACGAAUAAGACUAAUCAUCCGACGAAAUUUUAGGGAAUCUCUUAUUUCAGAAGCCCGAGAAAAUCGCCAUUUGGGCAGAGUUUUACGCCAAUUGUCACUAAGACCCCGUAUAAAUCCUUCCCAUAAAAAUGCGAAGAUGUUCAGCGGUCUAUUUGGGUUGUUUUUGAUGAUUUUGAGAAUUUUUUGUGGGUGUAUUAGCUCUAACCUUCAUCUGGAAAUUGACAAAGCAAUGCAGUAGUACACGGAAAAUAAAAAAAAAAUGUAAAUUUUACCGAGAAGCAGAGGCGAUUUUUUCCACCCACCUUGAAAGGUAAUUUUUACCUUUUUGCCAUUCAUCUAGAAAAAAAGGUAAAUUCGACCUUCUUUCCAUUCACCUAGGAAAAAGGUGAAUUGUACCUUUUUUCGUUUCAUCUAGAAAAGAAAGGUAAAUUUAACGUUUUCAAGAUUAACUGAGCAAAAAUGUAGAUUGUACCGUUUUCACAUUCACUGACUUAAAAAGUAAAUGUUUCAUCAAUUGAAAAUUAAACAAACAAACAAAAUUUAUACAUAAUUUAAUAUUUUUUAAAGAUAGAUGGGGGUUUUUCCUCAAUUAAGUAUUAUUUUUUUAGGAAUUUAUUACCAUGUUCCCAGGCUGGAGGGAAUCCGGCUCGGUGAUUUUUGCAUAUUGCGCACCAUUUUUUUGUGCACCUGUUUUUUUUUUUGUAGGUGAAUUGUGCCUUUUUCCAACUCAAUUUAGGUUUACCGCGCUACGAGGUAAGCUUUACCUCGAAAAGGUAGAAGGUACCUUUUUUGGGUUUUCCUUUUUCCUAGGUGAAUUGUACCCUUUUAUUCAGCUCAAUUCAAGUGAACUUCACCUCGCUACGAGGCAAGAUUUACCUUUUUCGGAUUCACCUUUUUUCUCGGUGAAUUGUACCUUUUUUCAGCUCUAUUCAGGUGAACUUUUCACCGCUGUGAAGUGAGUUUCACCUCGAAGAGGUACAAGUUACCUUUUUUGGUUUCACGAGCGUUCACCUUUUUAUCUCGGUGAAUUUUACCUGCUAAUUAUUUUCCGUGUACAGUCUACGCCAAGGUGUGUAUACUAUCGCUGAGUCCUCAAAUCAAGGUUUUUUGCAACACGAGGUUCUCUGACUUUCACAGUAAGUAGGCGAGAAGUAAGCGGGCCUCUCAAUAAGUUUGUUUACGAACAUAAGAUUAUUUGCUCAGCUUUUCUGUGGUUUGUUGGUAAACAAACUCCAUGAGCUCCGCAGUUACAUAUAGCCUUAGCCAAAAUGGCUGAAUCGGGAAUUGGAUAUUCGGUAACACCUCCUAAUAUACACAUCUUACCCCAAACCGGAGUUUUCGUCAACAUCAGCGUCGGUAGCAUCGCUUUAUGUUGACCAGGCAUCUUUCAAACAUCUUCCACGUGUCGGAACCAAACAAAAGAAAGGGUUCCCGAUUGCCGAGGUGUUUGGUGAAUUUUUCAUCUUCGCUGGUUGGCAAGGUUGACAAUCACCAGCGCGAAAACUUCGGAUUUCAACUGCAUUGACAAUAUCAAGUAUCCCGCCGGUAUUUGGUAUUUGGAGCGGUUUUUUCAAAUGAAUUGAAGAUAGCUCCUGUAUUCAGAAAAGCUGGAAUAAAAUUUGAUACUGAAGCUGGACAUUGCGGAGAAUCAGGUGCUUCCGUGGAUUCGGGUAAACUUCGGCGAACCCGAGAAUGUUGUUUUCCUGAAAAAAAAAAAUGAAGUCCAUGCCAUAUCUCAAAAACUGACCCAAACCUGGCUGAAUGAAAAUAUUGAAUUUUGGCAGAGAAAUCUUUAUCUUCCGAGAAAUCUUGUUGAACUCUUUCGACUGUCCAAUAUGGGCGUAUAUUCAAGCAAAGGCCAAUGAAUCCUCUUACCGUGGUUGCCACAUGUACAGAUUUAUCUAGAAAAGUACAGAUUUUUGGACUCAUUUUUGGCACAGAUUCUGUACGGGCAGAUGACAAAUUUUAAAAAAUUUGGUACAGAUUUGUACAGAUUUUUGACAUUUUGACUUGAUGAAAUAUUUAUAUUUUAUCAGAGAGUUUGGUUUCAGAGGCUAUGAAUGGUCAAAAUAUUCGAAAUUGUAUCUAUUACAAACAAUGGAUUUGUAAAACUGAACAAAAAAAUUGUAAAUUGCACUGAGUUUUCAUAUAUCGUUGGUAUCGUUGGAUUUUGGUACAGAUUUUAGUCAAUUUGAUAUUGAUGUGGUAACACUGCCUCUUACCCAAGUGUCGAUUCUCAAAAGGCUUCCAUCUCUGAGAACUGGGCUUCAAUGUCAGAGGCUUAUAUUGCGAAGAAAUGCUUCCGAUUUAGAUCGCGCCUGACGAGAGUUGUUGAGAAUGAGAGAGAAAAAAUCGAGUGAUUGUUUCUUAAGCCUUGUCCACAAUCGGCAACUUGAACUGCGAUUUCUGUUGGGGAGAUUUGUUUAUGUUUACAUUUUGGUUGCUGAAAGUCUCCCAUACUUGUUGGAAGACUUUAGAAAUGCAUCUCUUUAUCCAUUUCAAAAUGUAAACAUUAACAAGUCUCGGCAACCGAAAUCGCAGUUCAAGUUGCCGAGUGUGGACGAGGCUUUAAUAUUUCAUCAGCCAAAGAACUACAUUUUUGGAUCGCAUUUAACGUACACCCUGGCCUCUCAAUUGUGAUACCAAUUGAGGCGAUUCGGAUCAGACAGGUGCAAGUGUCUAUAUGAUAGUUUCGAGAAAACGCGCUUCAAAGUUGUGAAGGUGCUCGAUUUUUCAUACAUUUUUCCAAUUCGAGCAGUUUUAAUUCAAUCGAAAAAUUAUUCAACAAAAAUUAUAAAAAAAAAUCGAGUUUUACACCAGAUGUACAUUGAAACAUGAAGAAUCGUUAGGUAUACUUAACUCAAAAUUAAUUAUUUUGGGACUUGCACCCCUCUGAUUCUGAGGGCCUCGAUUUCAAGCAAAUUUCGACGAAAUCGGAUCGUUUUCUAUUUCACACUCCAACUUCUUGCAGGGAUAAAUAAAAUUUCUGUUAAUUUUUUUAAAUUCAUCAUUCGGUUUCCAAGCUUUCAAAAUAAGUUUUACUAUUAAUUCAAUUUUUCAGUAAGAAAUGGCUCAAAAAGGAUCUGAUAGCGAACCUAGACUUCAUUUCUUGAACAAAUAGGAAAAAAAACUUUUCUAAAUCAGUGUCUUCCAGUUCAAACAGUUGCAAUCCAGACCAAAAUCUAAUCGUUUAAUUCGGACGUUUCCUAGCUCUUUCAGAUGUUCUUCGGAACGUCGAGCCCUUCAUAGUUGGCAGAAUUUUUGUAUUUUUAUCUUCCAGAUUAAAAAUUUAAACAGUUACAACAUUUGUUAUACAUGAACUCUGGGCUUUAAAGCUAAAACCAUGCUGAAUAUGACUAGAUUUUGGACAGCAAACUAAGCUAUCCAAAGUCAAUUUGAAAUAAGCUAUUGUUCUGAUUUUUUCGAGUUACCCUGGCAGAUUUUUUUCUCACGGAGUUUACUCUUAUUGUGGUUCUACGAAUGAAAUGUUAUUUGAUUUUGAAUGUAAAAAAAUGAUGGAAUACGCAGUCAGAAAGCUGAUUGCAGUUUCUGUCUGACACAUCAUAUCCGAUUAUUUUACGAAUAAGAUUUUUCAAGUAUAAUUAGGCGAUUGUCAAGAACAAUUACAGUUAAAAUUUUUCUGAUUUGAGAACUACACUUCAAUUAGAAUCAACUAAAUCUUUGGAACUGGAUUGGUUUCAAGAAUCAGAAGUCUCAUUUCAAAGAAAAAUAAUGGAAAUUUUGCAUAUGUACAUUGAAAGCGUGUGAAAAAAGGAUUUGUUAAGUAAUUUUUCACUGUUUCACACUACCAACUUUCUUUUAAAAUUUCUAGAGGUGUGUAAUUUUGAUAAAUUUUUACUAAAAUUUCUGAUUUUGUGAUGGUAUUUACUCAAUUCACAAUAAAUUUCAAAGGAUAAUUCGAUUUUGAUAAUUUUGAACAGAGAAUUCAACUUUCAUCAGUAUCUAGAUCUGGCAAAUAGAAAUUAACUUAUAGCAUUUUUUUGCUUUACGACAGAAAAAUGAACACUUUUUGAAAAGAUUUGUUAUCGUUUAUGAUAAAAAUUCGAUCCAGAACCAAACAAAAUCAACAAAGCUAUUGUUUCAUAGAUGAGGUAUGCUCAGUUUGGUGAAACUUGUAAAAUUAUCCAAUGCAAAACUCUCUCAAAGACUUAAAAAAAGUUUUAAGAAUGUACAUUCUAAUGAAACAAAAUUUGAAACCUGCUUAAUGGUCGGUGAUCUAAUCAGAUCAAUUUGACAUUUGAACGCUUUUUUUUGUUUUUUUCUUCUGUUUUCCACCCUGGAUCAGUAUCGAAUAAAUCUGAAAGAAAAAAAAAGUCUAUCAGUAAAAUCGAUACUUGGGAUAGAAAGUUAAAAUUGUAUUUUAAAAUUAAAAUUUCAAGUAAAAGGAAGGUUCAAACAUGUAGGUGUAUUACAUAUAAACUCUAAAUGGGUUCCAAUGACUGACCAAAAAGAAAAGUUCUACUCCAAUCCAUAAGUGUGAACAGAGGAAAAAUGUUCAAAUAAACUGAAGCAGCUUCGACUUUGAUCUAAAUACCAAUUCAGCAAUAAUCAAUAUAAUCAACACUAUCAACAAGCUAUAAGAAAACAAGAUGGUUCAAACUUUACCAAUUAAUUCUAAUUUGUUUAAACUAAAAAGACAACUAACUAUUCACACUGUCGUCUCAUAUAACCGAAACAAUAGAAUAAAUUGUGUUUAAAAGUUUAAAUGAAUGGAUGCGAAAUGGAACGAUGAUGAAAGCGGCGAACGAGAACUGAGAAACAAAAUCCUAUGUAAUAAGACGAAAAGACAAAAUCACUAAUGUAUCAUCAAUAGGAAAACUGCUUAUAUGUAGUUUUGCAAUUCCUUCAUCCCGAAGAAAACCCGUUUUUGCUCCAUACUCUUGACCUGCCAUUUCGGAAAGCAGGAAAACAACUUGAAAACAAAUAUAGGUAGUUGUCAGAACACUUAGAAACAAAAGUGGAAUAGAACUGUCAGAAGCUCAAUGUAAACCCCGAUGAAUAUAGAAUUUAACAGUUAAUCAUUAAACACACUUAACUUACUACAGUCAGAGGAGCAAAAUAAGAAAAAUCCUUAUCCAAGUAUAAAGUUUAAAAGUAAACAAUGAACAAGAAAGCGCCAUUUUCCGUUUCCGAAGGUUAAUUGAAAAAAAAAACUGCGAAACGUGUCUGCCGGUUGAACGAGCCUAUUAGUCGAUUAAAGAAAAAGGAUUUAAAUUUAAAGAAAAGGAAAAAACUUAAACCAAGACCAGCCACAGAGAAACAAAAACAUCAAAAAGCAAAAAAAAAAAACAAAACAAAAAACGAACGAACGAUCGAAAUGUGUGUAAUUGUAAUACAUGUGUAUGUUGUACAGGAUUUGUGAGACAUAUAUGAGGGAAAAUUGCAAACGUUUCGACGGAAAAGAGUGAAGCUUGCAAGCUGCAAGCAUGCAAGAAAGGGAGAAAGAAAACUUCACGUAAUGAGAAGCAAAUUGAGAGACUA